AUGCCACUCAGCGCCGAGCCCAUGACUAGGGCCAAGGCCUUGCUGUAUAUAAUCGCACCUCGACUGUCGCUCUCCAACCCGGACCCCUCCCACAUCGCCAUCUCACCAUCUGACUUGGCCCUUCGUAGUAUUGCUACUCGCAACACUCGUCUUACUCUCGCACGCACCACUCUGCCUCCCUACAGCUUUCGCAUUGCAAUCCGACGAACCAUCGUCACCGCCGCCAUGUCGAACCUCAACCUGAUCAACGAAAUCAAGGUCGAUCACGACAACAUGCGCGACCUGCUUGAUCGAUUCAAGGAUGCCCAUCAGAAGCGCAACGACGCGCUCUGCACCGACAUCGCCAAUACGAUCAUUCACGAAGCUGCCGUCCACUCGGAUGCCGAGGAAAUGUCGAUCUACACGAUGAUGGACCAGCACGGUAUGCACUCUACUGCCGAGCAGGACCGCAACGAGCAUCAGCAGGUCAAGCAGCUCAUGGCCAACCUCGACUCGCACGGCAUCUCGACCGUCGGUCUGGACGAGUAUGCCAAGCGCGUCGUCGAGGCAUGCGAGCUCUUCCUCCGCCACGCCGACGAAGAAGAAAAGGAGCAGCUGCCGCGCCUGGUCGAGGCGCUUAGCGACAACGACCAGGCCAAGGCGGUUAACGACUUCCUGCGCGCGCGUGAGCUGGCGCCCACUCGACCUCACCCCGCCGCUCCUCAGUCGGGUGGCAUUGCGCAGAAGACGAUGGGCGCAGUGGGCAAGGCCGCUGACGUGGCCAUGGAUAAGACCCGCCACUUUGUCGAGCUUAGGCACCACCAUCGCGAGGUGCACGCCGCCUAA